AUGUCUGAACCACGGCGGUCCACGAGAGCGCGCGCCCGCGAAGAUGCUGCCCCGCCAGCCCCCGAGACGCCCAAAGAAGCGCCUAAAGAAACGGCCGUCAAGAGUACCAAAUCGGCAUUGAAGCGCAAGCGAACCAGCAUCGCCGUCAAAGUCUCAAUACCAUCGACACCCGCCCCCGAAGCCGCAACCACUCGACUUGCCCGGGAGCGAAUGGCAGAGCAUCCAGCAGAGCGGUGUGCUGGCGGCUUCUUUUGA